CGUGACGUGACGCAUGUACUUUCCGCUGCGAGUUAAAUGGCAGCCUACACAUUUGCCACGCUUGCCUUGUAAAAUCUAUUUUUUAAUCAUUAUUUCUUCUUAACUAAAGCGCAAAAUCAUCUUUAACCAUGUCUGGGCGACACAACAACAAAUUGCCAAACAACUUGCCACAACUGCAGAAUCUUAUAAAACGAGACCCACAGUCGUACGUAGAGGAGUUUCAGCAGCAGUACCGGCAUUACCAGUCCAAUAUACAGAUAUUCAAACUGCAGCCUGACAAGCCGAACAAGGAGCUGGCUGAUCUUGUUAUGUUUCUUGCUCAGGUUGGUCACUGCUACCUGCAGCACCUGUCCACCUUCCCACAAGAGCUGACCGGGUUACUACUGAAUCACCACACAGUCCUAGAGCCGGACCUGAGAAUGACCUUCUGCAAAGCGCUGAUUCUUCUGAGGAAUAAAGAUCUGAUCGAACCCUCUGGACUCCUGGAGCUCUUCUUUGAGCUGCUGCGAUGUCAUGACAAACUUCUCCGAAAGACACUCUACACACACAUCGUAGCAGAUAUCAAAAACAUCAAUGCUAAGCACAAAAACAACAAGGUUAACACCACAUUGCAGAACUUCAUGUACACCAUGCUGAGAGACAGUAAUCCCAUAGCAGCAAAGAUCUCUUUAGAUGUAAUGAUGGAGCUGUACAAAAGGAACAUAUGGAAUGAUGCCAAAACAGUUAAUGUCAUUACAACAGCGUGCUUCUCCAAAGUGACAAAGAUCCUUGUUGCUGGUCUUAAAUUCUUUCUGGGCAAAGAUGAAGAUGAGAAAAAUGAUAGCGAUUCAGAAUCAGAGAAUGAAGGACCAUCAGUCCGAGACCUGAAGGUGAGAUACUCUACCGGCAAGAAAACCACCAAAAACAAGAAGAAGAUGGAAAAAGCAAUGAAAGUCCUCAAGAAACACAAGAAAAAGACAAAGGCCGAGGUGUUCAAUUUCUCUGCCAUUCAUCUAAUUCACGAUCCUCAAGAUUUUGCUGAAAAACUCUUGAAACAGUUGGAAGAUUCCAAAGAGCGCUUCGAGGUGAAGAUCAUGUUGAUGGAGCUCAUAUCCAGACUGGUUGGAAUCCAUGAGCUUUUCCUCUUCAAUUUUUAUCCCUUUGUCCAGAGGUUUCUACAGCCCCAUCAACGAGAGGUGACAAAGAUUCUCCUGUGUGCUGCCCAGGCUUCCCACCCACUCGUCCCACCAGAGAUCAUCGAGCCUGUAAUCAUGACCAUCGCCAACAACUUUGUAACAGACAGAAACUCGGGGGAGGUUAUGACCGUGGGUAUCAAUGCCAUCAAGGAAGUGGCGGCCCGCUGUCCUCUUGCCAUCACUGAAGACUUGCUGCAGGACCUGACCCAGUACAAGACCCACAAAGACAAGAACGUGAUGAUGUCUGCCAGAGGACUGAUCCAGCUGUUCAGGAGUCUUAAUCCACAGAUGCUGCACAAGAGGGACAGGGGGAGACCCACAGAGGCAUCAGUAGAGGCAAAGAUCAAAGACUAUGGAGAGCUUGAGGCUAAAGACUAUAUCCCUGGAGCUGAAGUCCUGGAGGUGGAGGAGGAGAACAGAGAGGGAGAGGAGGACGGAGAUGGCUGGGAGAGCGCCAGUAUUAGUGAUGACGAUGAAGACGGGGAGUGGGUGGAUGUCCAACACUCGUCUGAUGAAGACACAGGAGAAGUGGCGGAGAAACUUCAGAGUAUGCCAGUCGAGGAAAGAAAAGCCAAAGCAGCGGCGGUCAGCGGCAGCAGGCUCCUCACUCAAGAUGAGUUCAAGAAGAUCCGUCUGGUCCAGAUGACCAAGGAAGUCAACGCAGCACCGGGCAAGGGCCAGAAGAGGAAAGCUGUGGACAGUGAUGACGAGGGUGACAGAAGAGGAGAGCUGCUUACCUUGAGGAAUAUUGAGAAACUGCAUAAGAAACCAAAAGCAGACAAGGAAACACGCCUGGCAACAGCACUGGCGGGACGGACCGACCGGAAGGACUUUGUCAGGAAGCGGACCAAGCUGAACCCACACGCCAGCACCAGCAACAAGGAGAAGAGGAAGACGAAGAACUUCAUGAUGAUGAGGCACAGUCAGAAUGUCCGAACCAAAGGCAAACGCUCCUUCAGAGAGAAACAGCUUGCUUUACGUGAUGCCCUCUUGAAGAAGAAGAAGCAGCACAAAUAGGACACAUGGACAUAAUGUUACAUUUGCCUCGUGCUGGCCAUCCGAUCGCCAUCACAAACCUGCUCUAUUACAAGGUCUAAUAAUAUUCUACAUCCUCCAGGAAGCCUGUAAAACUUGUACUUAUUAUUGUGUUAUUUUCAGCACACGAACUGCAUACAUUUACAUUGUUCUGAAAUAAACAAACUUUGAUAAUUGUG